CAGGAGCGGUGUAUACACCGCUUCUCCACCACCCGAAAGAUGCUGCUUGCAGGACUUAUUCCAACGUUCUGCAAGCGCACAGCUUCAGUGUGAAAGCACUCGGGCUGCGGGGGAGGCGCUUUACAUGUGCUAUUUUUGGCCAAAAAGGACCGGAAAAAACACCCCAGUGUGAAAGGGGUCUAGAGCAUUACAAGUCAGUUAAAAAUAAAUGACGGAUGCAGUCAUCAGCUGUAAUAGUGGAACUUUUAUUUAUUUUUUACUGGGUUUUAACUUUAGAGGAGUUUUGUAUUUUGACAGGGCUUUAUUAAAGCGGAGUUCCACCCAUAAAAUUUACUUUACAGAAAUAAACGGCAUUAUCCUAAAACAACAUUUGGAAAUUCAUUUUUUACUCGCCCCCUUCUGCACUGUUGCUGUGGGGAGGCCCCUUGUAGUCUGCCACUUUCUCUCUCCGUGGCGAUUCACGUCAUUUGCCUUGGCACCUGUGCUUGCUAUUGCUUCUGGGAGAUGUGUGCCAUUUUUUUGGGCAGCGCAGAGGGCUCUUUGUGUUUUUUGGAAGCCUGUUGUGAUGGCAACCUGAAAGUUUCCUGUGCUGCGAUGUGAGAACGGGCGGUGCAUGCUGGUUAUACAGCAGCGCCAUAUCUCAGAGGUUUAUCCUUGUGGGCUUCACCUGCCCCCAAGCAGGGUGAAUAUAAGGUUACUUUUCUGAUAAAAUAGAAACAAUAGCGGCGAUAAAUACCAGGCUAAUGAGUGCGAUAUUGGCAUACUAUGAUUGUAACAGAUUGAUUUAAAAAAAGUAUAUACAGUAUGUAGAUGGCACUCCGCUUUAAGCAAGUAGUCAAACGGCUUCUAACUUUAGCUUGUUCAAUUUAAGCUUUGACAAAAAAAGAACCACCUGGAGCCAUUGUUCACACCGGGACGAUUUGACGUUUAAGUUUACAUGACAAAUGGCAUGCCAAAUUGGAGCCUAUUGUUGGCAACGGUACUGUCCGAAUCUGUGCGACACCGACUUUGCAACACUGCUGCAGAAUCAUGUGCGAUUCCUGUCCAAAUCACAUCCGGUUGCCACACCGCAUCAGUGAGUACUGGGCUUAGCCCCUGUUCACAUCGAUGCGAUUUGAUCAAAUUGGAGCCUGUUGCUGGCAAUAGGAGCGUCCAAUUGAUGAAGCGCCCAACGAUUUCCAAAAGUAGUUCCUGCACUAUAUUUGGUGACUACGGGGGUGAUUUCAAUAGACAUCUGUGCGGGUUCAUGCACAGAUGUCUCUCAAAUCGCCCACAAAGGCAGACUGAAAUGUUGCUUUGAAAUCUCAAAUAAUGUGAACUUGGGCUGAAACUGGUUUCUAUGCACCGCUAUACAAGAUUUUGCGCACACUCCAGCUUUAGUAAAUCAACACAAAAACUGACCGGAGCCUGCAUGCUAAAACGGCACACGUGUGUGUGUGUGUGUGUGUUUGUGUAUGUAUGUAUGUAUAUAUGAAUGAGCCCUCUGCAAAAGAUUUGCUCGUUAUGUGUGCACUACCUAUUUAUAACUGCAGUAGUGACUUGCAAAGCUAUGCCAUAGGUUUGCCAUUUAGACCAAAGGUUCAUUGGAGCGUUAUUAGCCAGUCUCUGAGAUCGUUUGCUUGAUGCAGUGCAUGCCAUCGGCUGCAAGAGUUGCUGUGUUUGUCUGUUACACAGCUACAUGAUUGCAAAAUCUUGUAUGUAGCGGGGCCUUAAAAACAUUUCUGCUUUAACUUGGUUAUGCUCUGUGUUUUAUUUUUCCAGGCAUAGGUUUUCUGUAUAUUGACUAACUGCUUUAUUUUCAUUUUUCGUGCAGUGCAGAGUUAAGACUCGGGUGUUUCCUGAUGCCUUGUCAUUUAAAAACUUCUCAAUUGAGGAUCAUCCAUAGUGCUUAACUGUGCAGUGGAUCCAGAAUUUCUAAAGCAUCAUGCAUUCUCCAGUGCAGGCUGUAGCUGUCAUUGGCCUAGAAAUGGACUGUGCCAAAGUUUUAUGCCACUUUUCAUUACUGGUGCAUUACACACCCGGAGAAAACAUUGUAAUUGCCUUCUCAAGAGAUUACAAUGUUUACUCGAGGAAUCAAGAGAAAGUGCCUUGACCCUGAAGAAAUCGACGGGUCUUUGGUUGAAUUGAAAACCGUUCCAUCUUACACCCUUGAGCGCCAGUCGCUCUUGGAUAUGUCUCUUGUGAAACUCCAGCUUUGCCACAUGCUGGUUGAACCAAAUCUGUGUCGUUCGGUGCUCAUUGCCAACACAGUGCGACAAAUACAAGAGGAAAUGACGCAAGACGGCAGCUGGCCAGUGUUUCACGACCACGAACCAGAUCAACCAGCUCCUUUAGAGCGCCUAGUUUCCACAGAUGUUCUCUGCCGGUCCUCCAGAGAGCAAGAUGAAUCAAAACACAUUGAAGAUGGCUACAUCACAUACAGUGAAGAACUCGAGGUCGAAGAGACUGAGGAGAUCUCUGAACUAUCAACUGUGCCUUCAGUAAAAGUUUUGCAGAACUCGACUACAUUCUGGGAGGUUGAGAGCCCCCAGGAAAACAAGGCACACUUGCAGAAGUCUAUAGACCAUAUUUUUGAAUCUUUGGAGAACAGAAACCCAAGCGCCAUGGAAGAAUUAUUUUCAGAAGUUGACACUUCAUACUACGAUCUUGAUACUGUACUAACAGGGAUGAUGGGAAAUUCUAAAUUGGGUCAUUGUGACAUGUUAGAUGGCUUGUCCCCUCAGGCAGCUCCACACAGUCACUGCAAAGCAGAGAUGAAUGAGAUAGACCAUAUUGUGGAGAUUUUGGUGGAAUCCUGAUUUUGUACUCCUUUUAUUUUUUUUUGCUAUAAACUUAUUCAACCUAACCUGGUCCCCAAUCAGCAUGUUACAUGACAUCAAUAUUUUGUUUGGGGCUCCUAAAUCUGUCAUCUUGAAACUGAGCAAACUUUUAUAGAAAAAUAUCUACCAUGGUAUGAGUUAUUUUUUUUUUUUUUUAAUAUGUUCAACUUGGUCCAUAUCACACACAGUUGGCAUGACCUUUUUUUUAUAUGGUAAAUUUAGCGCACUCAGGAUAUUUGCAUGCAUAUGGUGCAUCAAGUGAAUCCGAUACAACGCCUCAGUAAAGGAUUUGCAACUCGUUGAAAAGCAAUAAUUACAUUUUUUUUUUUUUUUCGAUUACGCAUUUGUUCAAACCAAGCCAUACUUUGUAACAAGUAUUACUUCCAUUCUUAGAAAGGGAAAAUGCAUCAUGCAUAUCUUUUUGAUGUAAUAUAAUUUAGUACUAUACUAAUCUGCAGUAUUUAUUUUUAUACAGAAACUGUACAAUUUUAUAGUACACAUGUAUUAUUUAGAUACAUUUACGUAAACGAUCAUGUUUUACUUUUUAUAAUCCUGUCCAAAUUUACUCAAUGAGCUUAUUCAGUAAGGGCACAGUAACUCACAGCAACCACUGAGGCUUCACCUUUUCACUGAUUUUUGUAUGUGGAAAAUUGGAAUGUGGUUGAUGGGGUUACUGCAUUGUGCACAUCCUAUUUGCACUGCAUGAUUACAUCAACCUUCUAGACUCCCAACUGCAGCCCCCCCCCCCCCAUACUUCCAGCAUUCUUUGUCUACAGAAGAGCUUUUAAUUGUAGUGGUAUGAUAAUGGGAAUUUGUAAUAACGCAAAGAGUUUGCUGUAACAUAGCUCAGACAUUUAGCUUUCAGUAAAUUCUAGGAAACUA